GGUCCAUUCUGCUUCGUGCGAGGAUGACUACAAACAACUGCACGGCUCCCAUUUUCAAGGGUCGUCCGAUCGUUUGUGGGAAAACCAGCAUAUUGGACAUGUGCACGCUUUUACGAGGAUCCUCUGAAGUGCAUCAACGAAACCAUGACAGCAUGCAUGUCGAAUUCCUCAGUCAGCAGCAACAUCACAAACUUGAUGGCAACCAGGGACGAGUUUUGUCGGCCAGAAGUCAAGUGCAAAGAACGCAUUACAGGAUGCACGUGUAUUCUGCCGCACUCCAUCGAGUUAACGAAUGUGUGCUCGAAGAGAGAGACUUACCUGUCCUGUCUUAACCAGACAGGUGAAUGUGCACAGAGCCCCGUACAGGAGGACCUCCUUCAUUCACAAUGUACGACGCCUACUGUACAAAAGCCACCUGUCGGCCAGCGGUCAAGUGUGUAGUGGAGGUCAUCGACAAUAUUACUUCUGAUACCAGCAACUCAUCAGGCUCUGUUGAUGUGUUCGCAUUUUGUGGUGCGGGUGUCGGCAAACUGCUGCAAUGCAUGGACCAGCCAAAACUGCAACCCAGGGACCUGUCACGGGUGGACAGCUGAGCUCCACUAUGGCGAAUAUGUGCAUCGAAAACGAGACGGUCAUCGCAAACACGAGUCAAUGUCAAGCCUUCAGCACCUGCAUGGGGGUCCUGAAUCUGUUUCCAAAUGUUACAGUGACACCCCUACUCAUGAUGGACGUGUACAUCAACAUGUCUCAGCCCAACUUCUGGUGCUCACAUCUUAGUGAUCUAUUUACCUGUCUUAACAAUGGAACCAAGAUUUGUUCUCUACCUGCUAAUGUGACGGCCCGUGUGGAGCAGACUUACAACAACAUUGUUUCCCUUUGCUCAGUUUAUACUCCAGCUCCGCCAGAACGUUCCACAGUUCCUAUUAGUGGAACAAAUCCCUUACAGGACUCUCUCUUGCUUCUGUUAGUCUCGUGCAUGGCGGCCAUUAUGCUGAGAUUCUAAACGCCCACUGGGGUCGAACGUCAAGAUCAUUCCAAGGAUGGAAAGCGUGGCUCGUGCUGUCCUACCAAAUGUUUCUUCAACAAAGUGUUUCGAAUAUCGUCGAUUUGUUUUUAGUGUCAACAUAAAAUCUCGCUCCCUUCAGAAAAUUUGGCUCGGUACAAAAGUUGUUUUUUUUCUCCUGAAGAAAGAAUUUUGUCUGCGUUUCCGGGUCAAAUGUCAUCAGCGUCGUGCUGAGGAAUGACGAAGGGGGCUGAGGAUGGUGUGAUGCUGAAACAAAUUCUUACUUGAAGAGGAGACAGGCGAAUGCCAGCUGUACAUUAUGAUAUAUGUUGAGGGAGUGUGUAGUACAUAACUAAAAUGAUGGAUGACUGUUGAGGAAAGAUGAAUUCUUAACCAUUAACAUUGUAUUUACAUCACUUUUUUAAAUGUUCAGAUUAGAAAUAUCCAUAUUGAUCUGUUAUGUCAUUAUAUAUAAUAUAUGUUUGUAAUGUGUCAAGUCUAUGUAUUUGCUAAUACUUUGUUUGAAUAACUGUUUAAUAACUUUUGUUUUUACUUUUUUCUCUAUAUAUAAUAUACAAAAUACUAAGGUCUAGAAUGAAAAAAAAACCUGUCGCACAUCUAUAAACAAGGGUGUAUUUUCCGAGCGUGAGUGGGAGUGUGUUUGCGUGUACGCGCGCCAGUGUCAGAAAAACGGAGAGAAUUAAUGUAUGUAAUAAGGAAACAAAUGAUUCCAAUUAUUAUUUUGAUAACAACUCAUUUACAAUGUAAAAAUAAAUAUUCAACCAUUAAAACGUAUUUUCUCCUAGAAAA